GAUAGAAAAUUUUUAUAUAAUGCAGGAGAAAUUACUAUAAGAAAAAGGGAAUACGUUGAAUAUAGAAGGAAACAAUAUAAAUGUUUGAUCCAAUGAUGAUCCACUGGUCGAAAUUCCUUUUGUAUGUGAAAGGCUGUUAGAAAAAGGCAGGUGUCGGAUUUGGUUUUGAUUGAAAACAAGAAGACGAUCAAAUCUAAAAUGCCUAAUGUAGAUAAUGCCGCAUUAGGUAAACGAACGUUUAAUAUGCGUCCAGACAUAAAACUAGCGACCGCGGAUGUAACAUCAACCAUAACAGCGCCAUCAAUCAGCAAUCGAAAUGAUGAUAUGUUGAUAACAAAAAAACCGUGCUGCCGACGAAGGACUGUCCACUUUACCGUUUUCCUAGCCGUUUUUUCUACGAUACUCAGUCUUCUAUGGAUAUAUACGUUGACAGCCGAGCUUAGAAGAAAGGCAUUCGACGUGAAUAUGACGAAAGAUUAUGUGCUUUAUAAUAUCUCUAUAGACAACCCAGAUUUAGUAGCAUACAUAAGGAACAUUCGAUUAAAGACAUCUCAUCAAGACUUGUUAAACGCUACUCGAACGCCAGAAGAGCAGUUUGUCGUCAGUCAACUACAGGACAAACGUGAGGGAGUUUACUUUGAGUACCUAAGCAGGGCUGGUGCCAUUUCAACAACAGCAUGGCUUGAAUGGAAUUUAAAUUGGCGAGGAGUUAUUGUCUUUACUGAUCCACGAAAUAGAAGUAGAAGAAAUCCAAAAACAAUUGUGUUUCAUGCUUGCCUUAGCACUGAUAAAUACAUCAAAGAGAUAACAUAUCAUCAAGAAGCUGAUGUACAGGUCAUGAAGUUGGGAGAGGGUCAUAAUAGCCUUGUUCUUUCUAAAGAGAGUCUACCAGCAACAAGAUUAAUGUGCUUUCCAUUAUACUCCAUUUUAUUAGCUUAUAAUACAACCAACCUCGAUUAUUUGAGUUUGGACAGCACUGAAGUUCAGGAUGGAUUGGUAUUGGAUACAGUUCCGUGGGAUCUCAUAAAGAUAUCAGUGUUAUCAAUUCAUUGGGGUGCUCACCAUACUGAUACUGAGACAAAAAGCAUCAUUAACAAGCUUGGUAGUCAUAAUUACAAACAUGUUAAAAGCCUUGUAACGGGUAAACUUCUUUUCGUUUACAAUCGUCAACUUAAAAUAUGAAAGCAACUGAAGUCUGUACUCUCUUUAUUGCUAUACUUUGAAAAAGCAAUCAUAACAGCAAUAGAAAUUAUAAGUAAUCCUGAGACUGAAUAGUGUGCUAUCUAAUUUUGAUCAAUUUAAUUUGAAUUGGAUUAUUAACAUCUCAACGAUUCGAUUAUUUUUAAAUUGCAAAAAGUAAAAUAACAAAAAUAUGCAAAGAAAUUAAAAAAUAUACU